UUAGGUCUUUUGUGCAGUGCUUCUGGCCUUCGGGAGGGACAACGAGGCGCGAGCCAUGGCGAUGGCUGAAGAGAAGGCGGGUAAGGAAGGUUUUGAGCUGCUGGGCUCGCCGACCUUCAAUGAGCUGGAGAAUGGUCGCUUCAGAUGCGUUGAAACUGGACAUGAACUGUUCGCCAAGGACAUGGACUCCUACUCUCACAGCAAAAAGUGCCGAUUAGGUCUCAUUGACUUUGCGUUGUCCCAUAAUAAGCCCCCUUGCAAUAUGUUCAAGCAAGACCCACUCUCCCGUUCAAAGUUGAUAUGUAAAUUGACUGGAGACACCGUCAACAAGUCAGAGGAACAUAUCUGGAAGCAUAUGAAUGGGAAAAGAUUUCUCAAUAAACUAGAGCAAAAGGAAGCGGAGAAGUUGUCAUGUGAUGGAAUGGAAGAAGAAGAGAGCAAACCAAGGCCACUAAGUGCAGAUGGUGGGAAGACGGAUAAGAAAAAGAAGAAGAAGAAGGAGGACAAGGACAUUGAAGAUAUCAAACCUGAAGUACGGAAGUCUUCUAAUGAGGACAGUGACUCUGAAGAGGCAGAAUUCUGGAUGCCUCCUGUUGGAGAUCGCUGGGACUUUGAUGAUGGAAGAGAUCGGUGGGGUUCAGGAACAGAGUCGGAGCAGGAAAGUGAAGAGGCCAAUGAAAUCGAUGUUGCUGCAGAUGGGAAUUCCAAGGAUUCGGAAGAGCUAUCUUCUCGGACAAAAAGAAUGUCUAUAGAAAUAGGACCCAGUAGCUUUGCCUCAAGGAAGAAGAAAAGUAAGAAGGACCUCCAAAGCUAGUAUCGGCUGGUAAUAUCAGUUUUGUGGCUGUGCUGUAUAGCAUGGAAGAUGUAGGACUGGGCUGACAGUCCAUAAACUAAAUUAUGUCAAUGGAGGUUAUAAGCUUGAACGAAUAGAAAGUAACGGUUUUCAAGUGAAGCAUAUUCAAGAUUGAAGGCUAUACAUUAUGUUCUGUAAGAUAAAUGACUCUUAACAUUUUUGUUGGUUGCAGCUUCGUUGCUAUAGUUGCCGCUCUUUUAUUCUUUGCUUCUUUGGGACUGGUAGCAAGUUUCACCGUUCAUGUUUUAGUCAUUUCAGAAUUUAAUUCAUGAUUUCAUCUGCUACAGCCUAAUAGUCAUGGAUCUUCAUUUGAUGUCUUGCUUGCGAUAUUCGUGUAAAGCCUUGUAACUUGCCAAAGUGAAGCACCAUGUAUUAAUUAAUAGACGAUCUCAUUUUCGACCGCUUUGAUCUACAGAGAGACCCCGGAUCGUUGAAGCAAAACGAGGGGAGAAUCUUAAGGAGUGCAGACUAGAGCAAGCCAAUAAUAGUAUAGUCAUUUAAAUUUUAUUUGACACCGCAUAAUUUUGCGUGGGUUGGUGGGGAAAAAAUGCUUUUUGUCAUGGCAAGAUGUAAUUUUGUAGAAGGUUUGAAAACCGUUUUAUAAGCUCUCACUCUCAGUGUUUCUGUGGAAAUUCUGAAAUGGGCCAUUUAAUGUGAGAUUUUUCCUUA